UCCACGUCCCCCUCCUCCCUGGCGUUGAGCACGGAGCACAAGGCGGGGGUUUUGCAGACGCCAUUUUCUCCUCUCACGACCGAGGCCUCUGUCGCGCUCCUCUGCCGCCCCCCCGCUGCCUGCACCGCUUCCAUCGCGGCUCCUAGCGGGCUCUUGAAGCAAUAGGCUGUUGGAUUUUGAUCCCGCCCAGAAUACUUGAGUUUUUCUCUGCAAGGAUAUAUAAUAGUGGUUGUGCCUGCCCACCUAAGAAAAAAAGGCAAUGGAGACUGAACAACAGGAAGAGACCUUUACCAACACAGAGACAAAUGACCUCUCUACAGGCAAACGUCCUGCAGAAGAUAUGGAGGAAGAGCAGGCCUUCAAAAGAUCUCGAAACACAGAUGAGAUGGUUGAAUUACGCAUCUUGCUUCAGAGCAAAAACGCUGGAGCAGUGAUUGGAAAAGGUGGCAAAAAUAUUAAGGCACUUCGUACUGACUACAAUGCCAGUGUUUCAGUCCCAGACAGCAGUGGCCCCGAGCGCAUCCUGAGUAUAAGCGCAGAUAUAGAGACAAUUGGAGAAAUCUUGAAGAAGAUUAUUCCUACUUUAGAAGAGUAUCAACACUACAAAGGCAGUGACUUCGACUGCGAAUUAAGACUUCUCAUUCACCAAAGCCUCGCAGGAGGAAUUAUUGGUGUCAAGGGUGCUAAAAUUAAAGAACUGAGAGAGAACACUCAGACCACCAUUAAGCUCUUCCAGGAGUGUUGUCCGCAUUCUACUGACAGAGUGGUGCUUAUUGGUGGAAAACCUGAUAGAGUUGUUGAGUGUAUCAAGAUUAUCUUGGAUCUUAUCUCUGAGUCUCCAAUUAAAGGACGGGCUCAGCCUUACGAUCCCAAUUUUUAUGAUGAAACAUAUGACUAUGGUGGCUUCACAAUGAUGUUUGAUGAUAGAAGGGGACGUCCAGUAGGCUUUCCCAUGCGUGGAAGAGGAGGUUUUGAUCGGAUGCCCCCUGGUCGUGGUGGACGACCCAUGCCUCCAUCAAGAAGGGAUUAUGACGAUAUGAGCCCUCGCAGAGGACCUCCACCGCCACCACCAGGCCGUGGUGGUAGAGGUGGCAGCAGAGCUCGUAAUCUCCCUCUUCCUCCUCCACCACCUCCUCGUGGCGGAGAUCUUAUGUCCUAUGACCGAAGGGGCAGACCAGGAGACCGUUACGAUGGAAUGAUGAUGCAAUGCCAUGUUGAUGCAUGUGAUGACAUGCAGCCUCCAGAGCUGUUCGAGGGUGGCUCUGGAUAUGACUAUUCCUACGCAGGGGGACGUGGUUCCUAUGGAGAUCUUGGCGGACCCAUCAUCACAACACAAGUAACGAUUCCCAAAGAUUUGGCAGGAUCCAUUAUUGGAAAGGGAGGCCAGAGAAUCAAACAGAUACGUCACGAGUCAGGAGCUUCAAUCAAAAUUGAUGAACCGUUAGAAGGUUCAGAAGAUCGGAUAAUAACUAUUACGGGAACACAGGACCAGAUACAAAAUGCACAGUAUUUGCUGCAGAACAGUGUGAAGCAGUAUGCAGAUGUUGAAGGAUUCUAAUGCAAGAUUAUUUUUUCUUUUUUAUAGUGUGAAGCAGUAUUCUGGAAAGUUUUUCUAAGACUAGUGAAGAACUGAAGGAGUCCUGCACCCUUUUUUUUUUUUUAUCUGCUUCUGUUUAAAAAGCCAACAUUCCUCUGCUUCAUAGGUGUUCUGCAUUUGAGGUGUAGUGGAAUCUUUGCUGUCCACCAGAUGUAAUGUUUUAGUUCCUUAACAGAUGCGUGGGGGGGAGGGAAAGGGGGCAUGAGACUAACCUUGAAAUUCUGAAGCAGCAGCAGCAGAGAGAGUGAAUCUUAUUUUUGUCCAUUGUCGGUGGUAAAUUGUAAUGUUUUUCUGUAACUGUUGUGAACACCUUGCUUUUAUUAUGUACACUGUAUUUUUUUGAGGGGGGACAUGUCGGUGGUCCAAUUGUCCCUGCCAUCCUUUGAAAGCGGUGUGCACAAUGUAAUGCUCUUUUUUUUAAGAAACACUUUUAAGGUCUUUAAAUAAAUUUAGUGAACCUAUUCUUGGUGGUCAUUUUUCUUCACAUACAUGCAAGGUAAUCUCCAAAAUGGAUACACCCCUUUUCCCCUCCCCACAAAAAUGAGAGUUGCUGUUAAGCUUGCUUUUCUGCUUCUUUGAUGUAGAUGAGUUAUGUGGGAGCUUUUUUUUUUCAUUAAAGAAACCAUGUGAAAACAA